AUGGACUUUGGCUCGGGCUGGGGCGCCAUGCCCCCUCCCGAGCCCUUGGAGGAUCCCGAUGCCGCCGCCGCUAUUGCCGCCGGCACCACCACCACCACCACCAUCGCCGCCGUCGUCGAGCAGCAGCAGGAUCAAGACGCGUCUCGCGCCCGUCCCUCUCCUGGCGCCGGCUUCGAGGGGUCCUUCUCGGGAGGACAGCCUGGGGAGUGCGUUGCGUCGUCACGCGACCAGUCGGCUACCAUAGCCGAUUCACUGGUCCCCAGUGGCCUCCCAGAGGCAUGUUCGCCGUCGCUUCCGCCGAACACCGGCGCUGACGACUACGAUCUUUGGGGGUCGCCCACUCCCACGACUUUGGACGAGAAUGUGGCUGGCGCGCACGAUGUCGCCCCCGCGUAA